UAUUUAUAAUUCGAAUAAUGAACGAAUCUGUUGCCAGAUUCUUGCGUUGGGCCUAGGCAAUCCCAUUGGUAUGGGCUUUUGCGAAAAAGGAAUCUAGUGGAAGUUACUGUUCUUAAAGCUUCAUCACUUUCCUCUCCUCUCCACUUCGGCUCUUCAAUAAAGCCGACUUUCGUUAGGGUUCCACAGAGUCAAACUCGUUUACCACUACCCCAGAGGAGAGAGAGAUAUGGCAAAUCAAGGUGCCAAGAAGCGCAAGGAAGAGAAUACUCGCCAUAUGGCCAACCUCCGUCGCCUCAUCAUUGCCUGCAAUGUUAUAUUUGUCUUGGUUAGGAUGCUGACGUUCCAUUCCUCGUUUACUUGGAAACAUUGGGUCGGACUUGUUUUGACAUCUGUGGCUUACUUUAUCCCGUAUCAACAACUUGCCCAGAUGGCAAAACCUGCUUAUGCUGAUGAUGGAGAGCUUCUUGAUGGUGGAUUUGAUAUGAGUACUGGUGGAAUAUGUGGCUAUUUACAUGAUGUAAUCUACAUUACAAGUUUCGUGCAACUGACGUCCAUCAUCUCAGACAAGUUUUGGUAUGCAUAUCUUGUGAUACCAGCAUUUGGAGCAUACAAAUCUUUUGGGUUCAUUAAAGGGUUUCUAUCGCAAGGCUCAGAGGGAGAGGUGGAGGAUGAAAAGACUCGCAAGAAAAGGGAAAAGAUGGAGAAAAAGGCUUCAAGGCCAAAGUUUGUCAAGACAAGGAAUAGAUGAGUUUAACCCUAAAAUGAACAAACAAAGCUCCUGGCUGAAAGUAGUUCACUUGAAAAUUUCUGAGGUUGCUUUCGAAUUUUAGAAGUUAGACCACAAUUGGUAUAAGUUUGAGGAAAGCAUGUUGUAGUUGUUAAAGGGAACAUGUAAAUCUAUUCCUAAUGAAAAGGGAAACUGAGAAGCUUUAUCUAACUUCCAAAUGUCCCCUUAUUCUUGAUUCAUUUAUGUGGUUUUUCUUGCAAUUAGUUACAGAACCAGUGUAGUCACUUAGGAAAAUGAAGGAUGAGACUGGUCUAAUUGAUGCUUUGGAAACAUAAGUUCUUGAUUGCAGCCUACUGCCACUGGGACUCUUGCAGCAAAAAGUAUUACCGUAUGCCAUGUCAGCAAAAUCAGAAACACCAAUUCUGUAUGCAGCUUACAAAUUCAUGUUGAUUUUUUUUCAGAAAAACGAGAAUAUGCUCUAGCUAGUCAUAGCAAUACUCUUAGCCUAAGGUUUUGCUUGUUUGAUUAGCAUGUGGAGGGUAUUAUAUGCCAACUUUUACAGUAAGAGGUGAGAUUACAGGAUGGGAAGGGCUUCCGUUGUUUCAAUGUUUUGAGGUUCUCUGCUUUAACCAACAUGUGUGUUCUUAUAAAAUCUGAAGCCAGAUUCAAUAAAUUUUUAAUGCCCUCAAGGAGCAAAACGAAUCUCCAGGUCAAUAGUUUUUCAUACGAUCUCAUGAUUCGUAAAUGAAUAUGACUCAAGUUUAUAUUUUGAUUUCUAUUCAAGUCAGGCCCACUAAUUGAUCUCCUCUAUUACCAAUUGACAUAGCAUCACUAGAGUUUUAUCUAACAGAUCUCCUUUCAUCAUGUUUCAAAAAAGGCCUAUGAGGUUGCUAACUUGAUUGCUGUCAAAUCAAGAUUGCACAAUGCC